UCAGGCUGUCUAGUCACAGAGGAAGGCUGUGCUUCUCUGGUCUCUGCUCUGAGGUCAAACCCCUCACACCUGAGAGAGCUGGACCUGAGCUACAAUCACCCAGGAGACUCAGGAGUCAGACUGCUCUCUGCUGGACUGGAGGAUCCACACUGCAGACUGGAGAAACUCAAUGUGGAACAUGGUGGAGAGAACAGAAUGAAACCUGGACUUAGAAAAUAUGUCUGUGAUCUCACACUGGACCUAAACACAGUAAACAGACGCCUCUCUCUGUCUGAGGAGAACAGAAAGGUGACACGGAGGAGAGAGAAGCAGCCGUAUCCUGAUCACCCAGAGAGAUUUAAGGACUGGGAACAGGUGCUGUGUAGAGAGGGUCUGACUGGGCGCUGUUACUGGGAGGUAGAGUGGAGUGGGAGAGGGGCUGAUAUAGGAGUGACAUAUAAAGGAAUCAACAGCAGAGGAAGGGGUGAUGACUGCUGGCUUGGAUACAAUGACAAGUCCUGGAGUCUGUUCUGCUCUGACAACAAUUACAUUGCCUGGCACAAUAAUAAACCCACUACCAUAGACGUCCCCUCCAGCUCCCACAGAGUAGGAGUGUAUCUGGACUGGCCAGCCGGCACUCUGUCCUUCUAUAGAGCCUCCUCUUACACACUGACCCACCUGAUCACAUUCACCUCCACAUUCACUGAGCCCCUCUAUCCAGGGUUUUGGGUUGAUGAUGUUGACUCCUCAGUGUCCCUGAAAUAAUAACCCACACACUGGACAAAGACACACAUUGCUGAGAGAAAGAUCAUUGCUGAGAGAAAGUUCUUUGCUGAGAGGAGGCUAAUGGCUGAGGGUUAUAUCAUGUUGGUUGUUGCUAACAGAGUUGGUACUAUGUUGUUGUUGAUAGCAGCUUUGGUGCGGUUCUGUGUUUCUUGCUUUGUGUUACGAAUCCCUUUUGGCCCGACAGUCUAGGGGGGGAUGGUAAUGAGACCCGUAACAUAACUCAUGCAAACUAUUAUUGUGACAAAGUAAAAGUGUGAACGAAAUAACCACGACAACAGAAAUCUACCGUCAAACUCUAGGUUUAUUUAUAAACACACGGUAAUGGGGGGGAGCAGGAAAAGGGGCUGAGCUGGACCCAAGGAAAGAAACAAUAAGUAUUCAAAAACACCCCUAAGCUAGACUAGCCUACUUUAACAACAGCUAAGUAACUAACCAAAAAUACAGUUGGUGGUCCGCCCAGUUCUAACUAGUGUAUUUAACAAAGUUCACCUACGGGUAGUGUAUGCCCAUGGGCGACUGGUCUUGGUUUCCCCUUUUCCCACCAGCAAACAAACACCAUAACCAAAAACAAUACUCACAGCUGAUGACAAAGUGCUAUGGAGGUGCUUAAACAAAAGAGAGGUUAAGACACAAAGCGAGAGUGAAACACAGAGACCUACAAACAUGGCAUUUACAGAGAGAUUGAGCUAGAGAUUGCUCCAGAGCAAACAAAUGAUGGGGUUUUUAAACCAUGGGAAGGAACUGUGAUAGGGUAGGAAAUAGGAGGAGGUGUGUCUUCUGAUUGAUGAUUGAUUGUUGACUGAUUGGGGAGUGAUGAUUUUCACCUGUGAGGGGAGAAGGAGAGAAAAGAAACACACACAGGAUACACACACACACAGGAUACACACACACAGGAUAACUGUAUCCGUAACACUUUGCUUCUUUAAUGAGUUAGUUUUUUUUCUCCGGUUUUGUUGUGAAGUUUGUAUUAUUGUUUCAUUUGCUCCCAGGGGGAAGGGGGAGUGCUUAGGCAAGAGGCCCGCGGGUAUACAUAUACCCGUAGUAUUCACUGUCUAAGCACACAAGGUAAGACCUGGGCGGACCACCCCCUGUAUCUUGGUUAGGGCAGCAGGUGGUGCUAAGUUAGAUAGGUAUUGGUUAGGCAGGUAAGAAGAGGGGGCUUUGAGAUUUACUUUAUUGCUUUGAACUGGCCAGCCGGCACUCUGUCCUUCUAUAGAGCCUCCUCUGACACACUGACCCACCUGAACACAUUCACCUCCACAUUCAUUGAGCCCCUCUAUCCAGGGUUUAGGGUUUAUGAUGACUCCUCAGUGUCCCUGUAAAUAAUAUCCUGACACACAUCUUGUUUUAUACUGUUUUAGAUGGAUCCUCUGUUUAAACAUUUAAACUCUUACAAUAACACUGUUAAAAUACCAAUGUGAUCAUUUGUUGUAUGUCUUUAUGUUGAAUAACAAAUUGUACAAUUAUAUAUGGACAUACGCUCCAUAGUUGUACAAGGAUAUAUUGUACUUUUCCUAAUAAAACUACUACUAUACUUGAAACAAGAAAAAUCAUGU